ACAAUUGCAGAAGCAUAUAACUCAAACAAACUCUUGUCUUCAAUCUACAACCUUUUAAACAUCAACCCAUUUGGGCUGGAUUUUUUAGCUAUCCAUCUUCGUCCUCAUAUCUUUCUGUCUCUCUGUUCAAUCUUUCAAUCAUGAUGUUCAGACUCAUUUUCUCUUUCCAAAUUAUGUUUAAUAAUGUAUCAUCUAAUUCUGUUUGUUAGAUUUUAUAUAUUCUUUUUUCUAUCUGUUUGGAUACAUAGAGAAAAAGACAUGGAUGAUGACUCUUUCUCCGAGCUUCUUUGUCAAGAAACUGAAACUUCUCUGAAUGAAGAAUUAGUGGACGGCAACUUUUAUAACUUAAAGGAUUACAGUGUUUUAGAUGAUGAGUAUAUGAAAUUGUUGGAUGAUAAAGAGGUCAGUUUUGGGUUCAAAAAGGAUAAAUCUUUGGUCCAUAAUGAAGAAAUUAGAUGUGCCCGAUUGGAAGCUAUUGAAUGGAUUCUUAAAACCAGAGCAGUCUUUGGAUUUCACUUCCAAACAGCUUGUUUAUCAGUUACAUACUUCGAUCGAUUCCUUUCCAAGCUCUUCAUUGAUAUGAUGUCGGUACAGAGUGAAAAAUCAUGGGCAAUCAAGUUAUUAUCAGUAGCAUGCCUUUCUCUGGCUGCUAAGAUGGAGGAGACAAAGGUUCCAGCACUAUCAGAGUUUCAGAUGGAAGAAUACAAUUUUGAGAGCAGAGUGAUUCUGAAAAUGGAACUUUUGGUGUUGACAACACUGGAUUGGAGAAUGGGAUCAAUUACCCCCUUUACUUUUCUUCCUUAUUUCAUCACGAAAUUGUGCCAGGAUCCACCAAACGAUAUUAUAUCCAGGACUGCGACACUUGUAUUAGCUAUAAUGAGAGAAAUCAAUUUAAUGGAUUAUCGACCGUCUACAAUAGCCGCAGCUGCCACCUUGGUUGCAUUGGAUGAAAGACCCACAAGAAAAACAUUGGAGUGGAAAAUGAAUUCCAUAUCUUCCGGUGGAUUUCUUGAAAUUGAAGAUGUGAUGGCGUGCUACAGUAUAAUACAGAAAUUGGAGAUGCAAAAUUCAGUAAAAUCACCCGGUCAAUCACCAAACCCAUUGAUCAUAACCAAUGUUUUAGAUGGUUCCUCAGUUUCUUCGGCUGUUGGCACUAAGAGAAAAAGGCUUACUUUCAAUGAGAGCGAUCAAAGUUGUGAUAUACCAAACGAGAAGCGAUUCUCUUGAGUGAAUGUCUUUACAACAACAACCAGAGACAGAAGAAAGAGAGAUUAAA